AUGUCCUGGGACGACGAAGAUUUUGACAUUCCUUCUAAGGCUCCGGCCAACGUGGCUUCUGCCUCCUGGGAAGACGAAGAAGACGACGAUCCUAUUUUGGAGUCGUGGGACAUUGAUGAAGAAGAAGCCGAGCUCAAGAAGAAGCAGGAAGAAGCUAAGCUCAAGAAGUUAAACGCCAAAAAGGGUAUUAGAGGAGUUUUGGACGUUGACGAACUUGACGACGAUGUCAGAAAGGAGUUGAUGAAGGAAGAGGCCUUGAGAGCAGACUUGAACAACACUGCCGAUUUAUUUGGUGGUUUGGGAGUUUCAGCCGAUGAUGCUUUGGAGCAUCCAAAGGAAAGAUUAAAUAGAGCCAUCUUGGCUGCUCAGAGUAAGAAGCCAGUCUUAACCAAAGACACUCCUCUUGAAGAGCAUCCUUUGUUCCAACCUACAAACAAGCAAGAAUACGAAAACUUGAGAAAAGGUGUAGGUUCGGCUUUGACCAAAUUAGCUGACGAUUCCAUCAUGAACUACUCUUCCAGUUUGGCUAUUGAUUUGAUCAGAGAUCUUUCGGUGCCUUUGUCUGUGGAAAACCUCAGAAAGGUCAUUUCUACGUUGAAUGUUGCCAUUAAGGACAAGGAAAAGGCUGAGAGAUUGGCAAGAUUGAAGAAGAGUGGUGGUACUGCUACUGGUGGUGCUGGUAAGAAAAAGGCCAAGCCUGCUGCCAGACCUAACGUUGGUGGUGGCUUCAUGAAAGAUGGUCUUGAUGAAAUGGACAACUAUGAUGAUUUCGGUGAUGAUGAUUUCAUGUGA